AUGGAUAGGUUGAUAUCAUCUUUGAUCUUUUCAUUUUUUAUAAUUGGCUCUUGGGCUGCGAUAAACCUUCCUGGAUCAUGGCCGCGUACAGACGUCGCGCCGCCUCCAGUUCCUUCAUGGACUGCACUCGUUAAUCAAACUACAAUACUAAAUAUUCCUAUCUCAGGUGAAAUAUGUCCUAGUACAGAUACAUACUGUAGCUGGCGAUGUGCUCCAAAGUGUAGCCGUAGUACUGAUAUCGAAUCUUGUUCGCAAAUCAAAGACUGGGGCUUCAGUUUUGAUGAUGGUCCUUCGAAUAACACGCUACCUGUAUUAGACUUCUUAAAGUCUCAAGGGAUAAAGGCGACUUUUUUUGUGAUUGGCUCACGUGUCAUAGAAUAUCCUGAUAUUCUAAAUAAGACCUACGCCGCUGGUCAUGACAUUGCUAUUCACACCUGGUCACAUACUAAACUCACUACACAAACAAAUGAACAAAUUAUAGCCGAGCUCAAAUGGACCGAGAAAGCAAUUAAGCAAGUAAUCGGAAUCACUCCCAAGUUUAUGCGACCACCGUAUGGAGAUUUAGACGAUCGUGUGAGAGAAAUUAUAAAACAACUUAAUUACACGGCUAUUCUAUGGGACUCCGAUAGUAAAGAUUGGACAUCAAUCGGGGCUCCUUCGUUCAAUAUAUCAUGGAUUACAGGCAAUUUCACGAUCUGGAGUAAAAAUACCACAUGGAAUAGUGGACAUAUUUCCCUGCAACAUGAUUUAUACAAACAAACGGCUGCCGAAAUACCUCCUUCCAUUAAAAUCGUGCAAAAUGCCGGUUUCACUAUUAAAUCUGUGUCCAAUUGUAUUGGUCGAGAUCCUUAUCAGGAAAUAGGCGCUGUUCAUUCAGAAUCAAUAAAUACGAAUACCAUGUCAACGAAUUCAACCGUCAACCCUCAGCAAUCUAAAGGAGCGACAGAUCGAGCUCUAAAUUAUUCAUACAUUAUUCGAACAAUCCUAUUUGUAUUUUUUAUGUUUUUCUAA